AUGGCAAAGAAGGUCAAGGCUCGUCUGGUGCAUGCGCGCCUCGUGUCCAUGGCAAUGACUGGUUUCUUCUACACUUUCAAGCGACCUAGAACCGCACCCAUGAUGAGCAUGCUGAAAUACGACCCCAUCGGUACGAUCAUGCGGCUCACUGUGUCCAAGUCUCCUAACUAA